AUGUUUCCUUAUUUCCAGAAUUUCUCUCAAGAAGUUCAGCAAUUUGAGGAAGCUUUUUGCUGCCAGCAGCUGAAGCCUUUGGGCAUGCCUAGCAGCACGCUGGGCCAGACACCAGCUGUGUCCGACUACAACCUGUGGGCCGGGGACGACCUGUUCAAAGCCCCUGAGCCCAUAAUAGAGGAACCCACAUUUGAGCUCGACCCGUUGGCAGCUGCCAUCUCAAUGAUCUCCUGUGGAGAAGAUGCUAUCCCCCAACAAUCGAUGGCCGUGUCGGAUAUAGAAUCGUCGAUCGAGAAUGGCCAACUCUUGAGUGAGGUCUUUUAUGAGUGCCAAAAGGAUCUCUUGGCCAAGGCAGGCAAUGAGACCCCAUUAUCUGAGGUGCUGAAAAUCGAGAUCCCGAACGAGGAGAGGUUUCAGAAGAGCGUGAGCUCGGCUUGUUUGAGGUCGAUGGAGCUCGAGCAGCAGCAAGCUGGACCGGGCUUUUUCGAUUUUCCAGUGUUGGACUUUGAGGCUGUUUAUGGGAUGCGUAGGGCGUUCAGUGAAGGAGACAUGAAGACUCUCGAUAAUAAUGGUAACGUAAGCCAAGUUCAGUCGCCAGUCGGACAUCCUAAAGUCCCGAGCAUCUCUGCUUCUGAAGAACGCCGGGAAAAGCUGUCCCGUUACUGGAGCAAGAAAUCGAGGAGGAAUUUCGAUAGGAAAAUCAAGUAUGCAUGCAGGAAGGCACUGGCUGACAGCCAACCGAGAGUUCGUGGCCGAUUUGCGAAAACCGAGGUAUCCGAAAGCUGUAAGAAGCAAUGA